GUGAUUUUUUCCUCAAGCCUUGUUUUAACCACCAGACACGUUCACUGCAUAUUGUGUGAGUCACAGCAGCAGUGGUGUCAGAGACACGAAAGGACAACCGACAUAUAGUCCAAACACCGCAAGAGCUUCGCUGGAUGCAGUGACAAAUCAUUAGAAGCUGCUGAAAAAAAAAUGCCAAACUGUGACUCAAAGUCUCCCAAGGAUCCACCAGCUGGUCAGGAAUCUCUUGUGGAUGGUGCAGUGAAGUCUGAGCGUGGAAACUGGACCAACAAGACAGAGUACAUACUCACUAUGACUGCCUAUGCAGUUGGUCUGGGAAAUAUCUGGAGGUUUCCAUACUUAGCUUACAGGAAUGGAGGAGCUGCCUUUCUCAUCCCCUAUUUCCUGACAUUGUUUUUGUGUGGAAUUCCACUUUACUUCAUGGAAAGUGCAGUCGGUCAGUUCUGCAGCCAAGGUCCCUUAAACAUGUGGAGAGCAGUGCCAAUACUUCAGGGAGUUGGCAUAGGCAUAAUUACAUUGAACGCAAUAACUGCAAUUUACUACAACGUCAUCAUCGCCUACAGCCUCUUCUACCUCUUUGCCUCCAUGCAGUCUACUCUGCCGUGGUCCAGCUGCUCUAGUUGGGCUGACAGCCACUGCAGCAGCACGCCUAUAGUGUAUUGUAAUGUAAGCGGCAUUCUGAUGACUAACUGGACUCAGGAAAACCAAACUUGUCCUUCAUCCGACAUGAUCACAGUUCCAGUGCAGAGUCCGAGUGAGCAGUACUGGGAUCGUGUGGCUCUGCAGAGAUCCAGUGGUCUAGAUGAAACAGGAUCAAUAGUUUGGCACUUAGCUCUCUGUCUGCUGCUGAGCUCCACCCUUGUCGCUUCUGUUCUCAUGUACGGAAUCAAGAUAUCAGGCAAAGUUGUGUAUUUCACUGCAACAUUCCCUUUUUUGGUGAUUCUGAUCCUGUUGAUCAGAGGUGUGACACUAGAGGGAGCUGAAGAAGGCAUCGCUUUCUACAUUGGCUCCAAGUCUAAUUUCACCAAACUGACUGAGGCCCAGAUCUGGACGGAUGCAGCGAGUCAGACUUUUUAUUCUCUCUCUAUUGCUUGGGGUGGAGUCGUGACCCUUUCGUCCUAUAACAACUUCCACAACCAAAUGGUGCUUUGGGACUCAGUUGCUCUUAGCUUCAUUAACCAUGGGACCAGUGUGUUUGCAGGCUUUGCUAUCUUUUCAGUUUUGGGACAUAUGGCUCACAACAGUGGAAAGCCUGUAGACGAAGUGGUGGAUGACGGGUUUGCUCUUGCUUUCAUUGCAUAUCCAGAGGCUCUGGCCACACUUCCCGUUGCCCCAGUGUGGUCCGUUUUGUUCUUCUUAAUGCUUUUGAUUGUUGGUCUGGACUCUCAAUUUACAUUCAUAGAGGUGAUCAUGACCACCCUGAUGGAUUCCUUCCCUGUCUUCAAAUCCAAACGUCCCUUAUUGUGCAUUGGUGUGUGUAUCAUCGUCUUUCUUCUGGGUCUUCCAUGUGUGACAGCGGCAGGAAUAUACUGGGUAACUCUAAUCGACCACUAUUGUUCCACCUUUGUGGCUCUUAUUUUGGCCUUCCUGGAGAUCGUUGGUUUCUGCUACAUAUAUGGUAUUAAUCGUUUGAUUAAAGACAUCGAGAUGAUGAUUGAAAAACAGAGCUUCUACUUCUGGUUGUGGUGGAAAGCUAGUUGGCUCGUCAUCACCCCAUUUAUUAUACUGGGGAUCUUCGUAUGGUCUAUGGUGACUUAUACAGACCCAACAUAUGCAGAUAUCGAGUACCCCUCCUGGGGUUUGGCUCUUGGAUGGUGCAUGAUUGCAUUCGUCCUCGUCUGGAUCCCUGUUGUUGCUGUGUAUAAGAUCACAAAAGCGGAGGGAAACCUCUGGAAGCGCUUCCUGUUAUUGUGUAAUCCCUCUGAGAAAUGGCAUCCCUACUUGGAAAUCAACAGAGGGGAACGCUACUCAGAAGAAAAAUGCUGCCAAAAAAUUAUAUUAACAGACAAUAAGAAAAUGGGUUCAUGAAAAAAGAUUUUACAUUGAUAUAAGUUUAUGUUGACAAUAAUUCUGCAGCCAAACUGAAAUCAUUCUGCUCAGAGACUCCAACUUAACUAUUAACCUGUACAUUAAAUAAAGUCAUCCAAUGAUUUAUAAGUGUUUACAGGCCUCAAAAACACAAAAAUGCUUAUCAAUGUGAAGCUUUUGACAUGCAGAGAAUGGUUCUACUGGCUGUGCAUCUUUGAAUUUGUGGUGAAUAGAGAUUUUUCACAACUCUAUUGACAACACUGAAACUAUGCUAUAAAAGACCAAGAUGGACUGAGACAGAAUCAUUUUUAGGGUUUUUAAACAGUUUUGUCCACAUCUGCUUUGAAAGACAUUUUGUCAUUUUGCUACUGUUAAAGCUCAUGCUGGGCAAACAUGUGCGGAAAGAACAUAUUUAUUCAAAUCAGAGAACAACGAUCAUAUCAAGUUUUUACUUGGUUAUUAAUACAAAUAUUUAUUGUGUGGUUAUGAAAACGGUUUCCGGCUGCCACCCUAGUUUCAUUUGGUUUGGUUAUUUGGUUAUAAGUUAUGCCCUUAUUUGCAUUUUUAAGCACAGUAUUGCAGUUGCAGUCAGAGGAAUUGACUGCUACUGUCAUGGUAGGCAUUUGUAAAGCCUUUCUUUAUUGAUUUCAGUGUAACUAUCUUUUUUUAAAGAUAGAUUUUUUCUUUUUUUUAAAUGUCCCUAGGCCUAAUUGAAGUUCUGUGUCUGCAGUUGGAAGUUUGUCUUGUUUGUUGUGUUUUUAACUCCACCAUCACCAAAUCAACUCAUUGUGAAAGACUUUAAGAUCUAACUGUAACAGACUCUGUCAACAUUCAGAUGGUAAUUAACAAACAUGUUGGCUUUGUGUGCUAAAGAGCUCAUAAUUUCUCCAAGAGCUCCACCUGGUAGAGAGCAGACAUUAAACAAAUAUCCAGACUACUGAGGGUUCCUCCUUUGUUCUGUUCGAUGAUCGUUUUAUCACCCUUCUCUUUAAAUGUACCUCAUUAAGUCUAUAUUUGUUCCAUUAAUAAUAAAAAAGAUUUUAUCCAAAGUAGUGCUGUCUGCAUGUGUUUCAGUGGGAAUAUGUGCUGUAGGUGUGUCUGUUUUAUAUAUUUUGUGCUUCUUCAUUCUUCAAAUAUCUUCUAUUAAAUCUUCUAUUAAACCAAAA